AUGGAUCUGGGUGAUGAUUUCAAGUUCGGCCCAACUGUGCUUGACCCCAUUCAACCAGAGGACAAUGAUGAUCUUGUCCAGAUCAAUGGGUUUACCAGCGUUCAGACCACGGGUGGCGAUGUCGCUCUGUCGCAGCUGGGUGUCUUGGCACAGUUCCAUGGUACCUAUGCUGGUUUUGGUUUUAACAACAUCUUCAGACCCAAUGGCACAAAGACUCCUACCCCUCUUCCCAUUCUACCCCCGUCCGAAGACCCAAAUGACAACAUCCUGCAGCUCAACCUCACCAGUGAAUCUAUGACGUUCAGUAAGGGGCUUACUGAUGUGCCUAAUCGCGGUUUGGACACACAAGCUGAUCUGAUGCUGAACGGCGUGCCAUACACUCAGACGAUUACCGAUAUCACUGAGAUUGUGGCACCACCGAAGAAGCAGCCAGUCAUUCACUUUGAGCCUGGUCUCUGGAUGCAUGUGCCUGCCAGCCAGGAGAUGCCUGUCCUUCCGGCUUCACUGUCACGCAUGGCUUCUAUUCCCCAUGGGACAUCUAUCAAUGUUCAAUGUUUCCAACCUACCGUCACAACACAGAGUGCACCAAACAUCCCAUCAGUCGACAUAACUCCUCUCAUCGUCGGCAGCACCCAGACUGUUGGUUUCAGGAGCCAAACUGCUACCAACAACAACACCCAUCGCCUUCCUCAAGACCUGUCGACUUUCAUGGAAGCCGGCACCAUCACACAGGAUAUUCUGACUGACCCCAACACUGUUCUCCGUAAUGCCAACAAAGGCAAGACUAUUGUUCAAAGCACCUCCUUUUCAGUGUCUUCUAUUCCCGAGAGCUCUGAUCUUGGCGGAGGUACUAGCAACAUUGGCUUCCUCAUCGGUGCUGACGGUGGUGCAAGCACUGCUAGUGUCCAGGCCAGAAGUGGCAAUGCAAACGCAGUCAAGGUCACAGCCCAGUACUGGCUCUCAAAGAUCCGUACCACGAUUGAUCUACCUGUGGUAGACAUCAAGGUUGACAAGAAGAAGACUGUGUCUCCAGCAUCUUCCGGUCCUAGAGAUGCGGUACCCAAGUUCGUGGUUGACAUGAAUGUCCCGGCUGCCAAGACUGUUAACAUCGAGUAUACCCAGAUUCAGUAUUCGCAGACUGUCUUUUUGGACUUUAACGGUCUCAGCUGGCCGCAUGUCACCGUUGGAACUCUCGCUCCUGUGGCUGGUCAUCGCCUCUCACGGGUUCUUGUUUCUAACUAG